UCAAGAUGUUUGCAGUACAGUCGGGGCCUCCUGAACCCCCAUUCCUGGGGGGCCCACCUGCCUCUGUGUCUCAACAUGACUAUGAGCCUGAUAGUAACUCCAACUUUGUGGCCAGCACCUAUGAUGCCAAUGAGAACUGGAGCCGGGCACUUGGUGGAGCCAGGGCUUCUGACCUAGGCAGCGGGGAGCUGGCCCUCACACAGAACCUGCCCUCGGACAACCAAGCUGUCCUGGGCAAGAGGCAGCCCUCUGCCCCUGGGCUCCCGGGCUCCCCGCCUGAUGACUUCUUCCUCCCCACAGUAGGGGAGAUACGCAGCCCACCAGAAGGGGCUGAACUUCCCAUGGCUGCAGGGCCCAAACCAGAGAAGGAUGUCAGAGUGGAAGCCACAGCUGCUGCUGGCUCCCCCUUGGAAGACAUCGGCUAUGCCAGCAGCUCCCUAAGUGUAGACAGUCCUGAUAGCAGUCCAGGGCCCUCCUGGGACACCCUCAGCCCCUGCCCUGGCCCCCCAGAGCCUGGCCCAGCCCCUGACACCUUCCUCCCCACUGUGACCCAGGCGGUCCAGCAGCUGCUGGCUCGGGAGCGAUACAAGGAGCAAGAGAAGGAAAAACACCACGUUCACCUGGUCAUGUACCGUCGUCUGGCUCUGCUCCAAUGGAUCCGAGGCCUCCAGUGCCGGCUGGCCGGCCAACAGGCCCGGCUGCAAGAGAGCUUCGACACCAUCCUAGACAACCGGAAGGAACUCAUCCGAGGCCUCCAGCAGGGGCUGCCACCACGUCCUCAAGACAGAGGCUGAACGCUGAUCUUCUCCCAUCUUCCGUCCCCUACUCCUCCCCAUUCUGUGACCCAUUGCUUCUUAAAUUCAGUCUCACUCCUGGACCAAGCUGUGCUCAACUAUCCAAGGACUCAUGAUUUUCUUUGGUGGAUUCCUUGCUUUUCCUCAUUUUCCCUUCCACUCUAUAACUGCUUCAUAGAAAGGCUCCCAGCACCACCAUAGCCCUCCCCAGACACCCUGUGCUUCCCUGCUAGUAUUUUCAGAUUAUCCAGAAUUUGAGUAAUCUGAAUUGUUCCUCCCAUCACUCCCUACAGGAAAGAGAUUGAUCAGCUGUGGCUGCCCUGCAUACAGGCAUAGCUUGUCUGAACUGGGAAAGCCUUAGAUGCUUCUGCUUCAGACCUCUCAAUGGGCAGAUGGGGAGACCACAGUCCAGGAAGGGGAAGGAACCUGCUCAAAGUCACAUUAGUGAGUUGGUAGCAGAAAUGACAUUGGAAACCAGGGCUUCUGGUUCCUGGGUUUGACUUCUAGUUCUGCCUCCUAAACCAGAUUCUUUACCUGAAUUCUGACCCCACAGCCACCUAAGAAAAUGGUUAUCAAGAAUAUUUAUUUAUGAUUCAUCUCAAUAAAAAGGAAUGUACAUUUGUAAGUGAGAGCAUAAUGAACAGAAUGUUUGAAAUGUUGGGAAAACA